AUGUUGAUUCCUGUUAUUCUGCUUGUGGCCCAAAUCGGUGCUCAGAUGAUACCUGGAUCAAAUUCAUACAUUUCGUCAACUGAUAAUCUGGAUCCUUUGGUCCCGAACAGAUGUGUCAACCGAAACCUAUUAUAUUCUUGUUAUGUAUCUUAUCUUCAAAAGUAUGGAUAUAGUCCUGAUGGUGGAUAUUUGCCGUCAUUUAUGGUGUUGAGUGAGCAAAUGCGUUCGAUGAAUUUGCAAAAUAUUUGCAGGGAUUUUGAUGAUCUCACCAAUUGUCUCGGAACAUCUAUAGAUGAGUGUGUGAAUUUCAAUACGUUCGUCAUUUUCACUAACAGAAUUCGACCGGAAAUGGAGGCGACAUUAUACCUCGAGAACCACGCGUUUUUCGAAUUUGCAUGUGGCAAGGGAAAACAAUUAUUUUUCGAAAAUCUCGAUUGUCUGCAACGUUCAUUCGCCGUUGUCCCACUAUCAAAUCGAAUGUUACAAUGCGGACAAGGUAAAAUUAAUUACAACGAUGCAUCAGCGUGCCCACAAACCAUCGAAACAGUGUCAUGUGUGAGGCGGCAGUUGUUUGAUGCCUGUGGCGAAUCGGCAGGAGUUGCAGCAUGCGGGGCUGCAUCCAAUAUGGAACGCCGUUUACAGUUUUUGAAUGCAGCAUGCUUAACAGAAUUGGAUAUGCGCUGUUCAUCAUUUUCUAAGCUUGUUUACGUGCCAUUUCUACUACUAAUUGUCUUCUAUUUUUUCAGUUACCAAUAA